UUCAAUAAUAAACAUUUAAUAAACGAUUCGAGGGAAUCCGCUUGCUUAGGGUUUGUCGAAUAGAUUCCUAUGCGAUUUGUCAAUGCCCCUGCCCUGGGCCAACUAUGUAUCCAACAGGUCCUCCGACACCGCAAUCGGCCAAGUCCCCCCGCCAAUCGCCACCCGAUCGUUUGUCAGUUCGGCUUAUCAAGCAUCUCCUCCAUUUUGCGGAACCGCCACUGCUUUCUAUCAGACCUUCAAUAAAUUUCAUUCGGAUACUCUGAUCUGCCUCUAUAUCUGAACUUGUCAAAGAGUGAAUCACUGCUGGCAAACUAGCGUGCUACAUUUCCCUCACUCUUCCGACCGGCUGCUGGUGCAGUACCCCGCCACAUCGGGGUUCGCUCAGUCCUACAGAAACCCAUCGAGGUUCACAUCCAUAGUAUCACGAUAUAAAAAUGGCACCCCAUUUCACAGAACCUACGUCGACCUACCUCGAGCCGCCAUCAAAGGCACCUCCAAAUCUAGUUGCCCCCGAGCCAGAACAUUGUCCAGGCCCAGAAUCCGACCAAGCGGGCCAAGGCGAUGCUUGCGCCGGUUGUCCCAAUCAAUCCAUUUGCUCCUCCGCACCCAAGGGUCCCGACCCUGACAUCCCCCUCAUAACCUCCCGACUCGCGUCCGUUCGUCACAAAAUUCUCGUACUCUCCGGAAAAGGCGGCGUCGGAAAGUCGACUUUUUCAUCUCUCCUCGCGCAUGGCUUCGCAUCAAACCCAGACUCUACAGUCGGGAUCAUGGACACAGAUAUUUGCGGGCCCAGCAUCCCCAAGAUGAUGGGCGUCGAGUCAGAAACCAUCCAUGUUAGCAACGCGGGAUGGAGCCCGGUGUGGGUAUCGGAUAACCUAGGGGUGAUGAGCGUACAAUUCAUGCUCCCGAAUCGUGACGAUGCAGUGAUAUGGCGUGGUCCGAAGAAGAAUGGUCUCAUUAAGCAGUUUUUGAAGGAUGUGGAUUGGGGAGAUAUGGAUUAUUUGAUUGUCGAUACGCCACCUGGGACCUCGGACGAACAUCUUUCGGUAAAUUCCCUGCUGAAGGAAUCCGGGGUUGAUGGUGCUGUUGUCGUUACGACGCCGCAGGAGGUUUCGCUUCUUGAUGUCCGGAAAGAAAUUGAUUUCUGUCGGAAGGCUGGGAUCCGCGUCCUUGGACUCGUUGAGAAUAUGUCUGGGUUUGUUUGUCCGAGUUGUGAUCAUGAGUCGACGAUUUUCCGGGCUACGACGGGUGGCGGAAAGAGGCUUGCGAAGAAAAUGGGGAUUCCAUUUCUAGGCGCUGUCCCUCUGGACCCGAGAGUUGGGAUGGCUUGUGAUUACGGGGAAAGCUUUGUGGAUAAUUUCCCGGACAGUCCAGCGUCUGUGGCUAUCAAGCAGGUUGUAAGGGCUGUUGGAGGGUUUGUUGGUGAGGAUCCAAAUGAUGUUUUACCGAUUGACGCCGAGUAAAUCAUUUACAGUUGACUUGAUCGUUUUGUUGCAUUUUCGUGGAGUUUUUCCUGGCGCUGAUUAGAGUCAUUGCAUUUAUACCAUAUGUUUUCAUUUGAUUUUUGCUUUGAGAAUCGGGUAUUACAUGCAAAUCCCAAGUCUAAUAGAAGAAAGACUUCAGGCAUAUCCAUCUAACAAAGGUCUUCAAUACAUCUCCCAGUUAAUCUGUAUACAACAACCAUCUUAGGCAUGCGAUAAAUCUCACUCUCCGUUAUAGUCAGCAA